UUGGGUAGUCAUUUUCCCACUAUUUUCAUACUUUUCUAACUCGCUUUUCUUGCCCUUAAUAUCUUGUUUGCGCAUUUGCAGCUGAGAUGGUGAGCACAGCUUUCAUCUGGGGGAAGAACAAACGGAGACUCGCGGAGGACGAGGGUGCCCCAGCUCUUACGGGGGGAAAGGCUGCCUUGAAUGCUCCUCCUGCUGAGGAAGGAGAGCCUAGUCGUGCUAAGAGGAAGAGGAUUUCCCAUCCUCCGAGAGAGCUCAUGCCAGCCCCGGAGUCUCCUCCCCACAGUCCAGACCAUGUUCCCGAUUGGGGAGUGAAGGCAAGCGAUCUCAGCCGGAACACUCAGGUGGCAAGACGUAUGAUUCACCACUUUGCCACUCCCGCCGAUCGUCAGGUGUUGGCCGAGCAGUCCUCGGAGGCCAUAGAAGCCACAUUGUGCAAGUAUCUGGCCCAGGUGGUCACACUCGUUUCGGACUUUUCUGGACGUUUCUCUCAAGCUUCCAAGAAGACCUUGGAGCUAGACACCCAGCUGCAGGAGAGGGACGAGUUACUGGAGAGCCACAGGAAGAACUUGGAUGAGUUGUCCUCCCAGCGGCAGGCUUCAGACCUACGUAUUCAGGGGCUAGAGGCAGAGCUAUCUCGGACCAGCUCCAAGCUAUUUCGGGCGAACUCACUUCCUGAGGUAGAGAAGUUCCUCCAGAAGAACCUGCAGGACGCUUGGACAAAGGGAUUCCAAGCUCAUGAGACAGAGGUAUUACGAGCUCAUCCAGACUUGGACAUGUCCACUGUUCGGUCUGUUGCGGAGAUUGUGGCCGGGAUGGAGGACUCGGAGAUGGCCGACGAUGGUGAUGCGCCUCCUGAUGCUUGA